GAGGAACUACCAAAAAAAUGGCCUCAAUAAAUAGCUUGUUUUCUGAAAACAAUAUAAUGCAAUAUCAAAAGUCAAAAAAUAAUUUAUUUUUCAUUCAUACUAUGAAACUUAAUGUUUUUUUUAUUUAAUUUAGUAAUGUUACUAGCAUGUUACUAGUUUUAUGCUGGUCAUAAUCAUUCGAUCAUAUGUCAAACGUCACGUCACUGCCACCUGUCAAUGUCAAUGCUGUCCUUUAGCGUGGUCACGUGAUGUGAUGGUAUUAUGAGCUUAGGAGUAUAAAUCGAUGAUGAAAAGCUGUAUUUCGUUCUAUUCUAUAUUGUUUAGUCCAAAUAUCAAAGAUCUACAAUGUGCAGUAACCAAAUAAUUUGCGGCUAUAAAAGAAAGCAUUCCAUCGACGCCAUAUUUGGAUGGGAUGUGAGCACAGAAUAAGCGAGGGUCUCAACUCAACUCUAGUCAAUAAUUAUGGAGUCUAGUGAACUGCAAACCGUGUGGGUGAAGACGGAGGUAAACGAUGUCACAGAAGCAGAAGCCUCGGAGGCCACUGUGGGUGUUAAACUAGAACCCAUGGCGGAGGGCUUAAGCGAAUCAAACAUGCCCAAUGUCCUUCAGCCUCACGACCUGGUGUUCACAGAACACAUGUGCAUCAAGGUCGAAGCGGAGUUUGAAAAGGACGAGGAGGGAGAGGACGCAAGUGGAAACGAGGCAGGCCCGUGCGAGAACGAGGCAGGCCCGUGUGAGAACGAGGCAGGCCCGUGCGAAAACGAGGCUUGUGAGAACCAGACGGCAGAAGAAGGUGAACCGCAAGGGGAAGAUUCCCGCUCUACCGAGGCACCUGUCCGACAUAAACGUGCCACUCCCAACUCGGACAGAUAUAAAUGCGAAUGUGGCAAACAAUUCAAGCAAUUGAGCAACUUAAAGGAACAUAGACGAAUACACACCGGGGAGAAGCCGUACGCCUGCAACAUGUGCGAGCAGCGCUUCGCUAAACAGAACUCGUUGAAGAACCACGAGCUACUUCAUACUGGGGAGAAGCCGUACGCAUGCGGAAACUGUGAUAAGCGUUUCAGGCUUUCGGGUACUUUGAAGAAACAUGAACGUCUACAUACGGGAGAAAAGCCGUAUUCGUGCAAAAUAUGUCAGAAAGCGUUUACACAGUUGGUCGGUUUGAAAAGACAUGAACGAGUCCAUUUAGAAGAAAGCGUCGCUACUCCCCUUCCACAUCUGUGCCAAGUGUGUGAUAAACGAUUCUCGGCCCCGAGCGAAUUAACCAGGCAUCAGCGUGUUCACACCGGGGAAAAGCCGUACUGGUGCGAUAUUUGCCAAAAAAGGUUUGCACAAUUAGUUGCGCUAAAACAACAUAAAAGAACUCACACUGGGGAGAAACCAUACACAUGCGAAACGUGUAAUAAGGGAUUCGGAGAUUUAAGAGUUUUAAAAGAUCACGAACGAACGCACACGGGAGAGAAACCGUAUUCCUGUCAAACAUGUAAAAAGGAGUUUGCACGAUUGAGCACUUUGAAGAAACAUGAGCAAAUCCAUACUGGUGAAAAAAGAUUUUCUUGCGAUAUAUGUAGGAAAGAGUUUCGGCAAUCCGGUGCGCUCAGCCAGCAUAUACGAAUACACACGGGGGAGAAGCCGUACACGUGUAAAACGUGUCAAAAAGAUUUUCCACGAAUGGAUGCUUUAAAGAGACAUGAAAGAAUACACACUGGUGAAAAGCGAUAUUCUUGCGGAGUAUGCAAGAAGGAGUUCACGGAUUCUGGUAAUUUAAGGAAACACGAAAGGGUUCACACUGGUGAUAAACCGUAUCCAUGUGCAAUAUUGUGCAUCAAGGUGGAAGUGGAGUUCGUAGACCACGAACGCGUCGCGCCCGAGCGGGCAGGCGGGAGCGAGACAGCAGCUUGUGAGAAGGAGACUACGCAGGCUACGUUUGAUGUCAAAGAUGCGCAAGAGGAAGAACACCAUCGUGAGGCUCAAACCUCUGCAGUUGCAGAAAAACGUCACCAUUGUGGCACCUGUCAAAAGAAAUUUUGGUCUUCGGGCGAACUGAAAAGGCACCAGCGGAUUCAUAGUGGCGAGAAACCAUACACGUGCGACAUUUGUCAAAAAACGUUUGCGCACCUGAACUCCUUAAAGUUUCAUACGAAAACUCACACCGGUGAAAAACCUUACCCCUGCGCUAUAUGUGAUAGACGGUUCGCGCAAUUGUGCCAACUGAAGAAACACGAACGCAGUCACACGGGUGAGAAACCGUUUUCCUGCAGAAUCUGUGGUAAGCAAUUCACGCAAGCGGAUCAUCUCAAGACGCAUGAGAGAAUACACUCUGGUGAGAGACCUUAUGUAUGUGAAAUAUGUCAAAAGCGUUUUACACAAUCAAGCGCGUUGAAUUUGCAUAAACGUAAUAUCCACACUACAGAAUCGUAUCACUGUGAUAAAUGUAUAAGAAAGUUUGCGCAAUUAGAUGAGUUGAAAGAACAUGAAAAGGUUCAUACGGAUGAAAAGAGGUUUUCCUGUGAAAUUUGCAGAAAAAAAUUUAAGCAAACAUGUCAAUUGAAUAUCCAUAUCCGAAGUCACACCGGUGAGAAGCCCUAUGACUGCGAAACGUGUGAAAGAAAAUUCGCACGUUUAGAAUAUUUGAAGAGACACGAAGAACGAGUACACAAAGGAGAAAAACCGUAUUCCUGUGAAGUAUGUAAAAUGGCGUUUUCAGAUUCGGGAAAUUUGAAGAAACAUGAGCGCGUUCACACUGGUGAGAAACCAUACUCGUGCGAUAUGUGUAGCAAAGUGUUUGCAGCGUCGGGUAGCUUAAAACACCAUAAACGAACUCACACAGAAAUAAUUUAAAAAUGUGAUACUGGACUGGUGUCUGGUUAUUCUGUUCUUAAUAUAUUAAUACUGACCUAGUCUUAAUAGACUGGACUGUUAUACGAAUAGAUAAAACUGCCGGUUAACUGCUGGUGAGUAAUGUUGCCAGAGAUCAACGGGGGGAAGGGAGGGUCGGCAACGCGUUGCAGGCGCACAUAGGCUACGGAGACUGCUUAUCAUCAGGCGGGCCGUAUGCUUGUUUGCCACCGACGUAGUAUUUAAAAAAAGAGUUUGCAUAUAUAUUUACCCAACAGACAGAUUUACUGUGUUGAUUUUAAAAGGUAAUAGACCUAACUACUUAUAAAUUAUUUCUAGCUGUAAGAUUUAGAGAUACGAUAAAAUUAAUUAUUCUAGUCAACAAAUUUUAACACUAAUAAGUUUUUUAUGUUUUGUAGAACUGUAUUUUUUUUCUACGUAAUGUAUUUAUGUAUACAUAUAAAAAAGGGGUGAUUAAGGCUUGAUUGAAAAUAAGGCUUGGCAAAAAAAAACCCUAACUUCGCCGUUGGUGCCCAACUUCGCCCAAGUAAAUUCUUAGAAUAAUAAUGUUACCUAAAAUAAAUGUGUAAUAAGUUCA